AUGUCGUACAUGCUUGCCAUUGUUGGUACAAAGGACAACCCGCUCUACCAAGCUGAAUUUGGUACGCUCAAAGGUGGCCAUGACGGCACACCUCAAUUCCGCGAAGACAUGCGACCCAUGAACCAAUUCAUCCUGCACUCCUCUCUCGAUAUGGUAGAGGAGGUACAAUGGGCAUCCAGCAUGCUCUAUCUCAAACAAAUCGACAAGUUCAAUGGGUAUAGCGUGAGUUGCUGGUUGACUGCCGGUGGAACGCGCUUCUUACUGCUGCAUGACCUCAAGAAUGACGAUGGCAUCAAGACUUUCUUCAGCGAUCUGUAUGAUCUAUACACGAAGUGCCUCAUGAAUCCUUUCUACAAAGUCGAUACACGCAUUACGAGUAGGACGUUUGAUACCCGCGUCAAGGCGCUUGCACGCAAGUACUUGUGA